GUGAUACAUUUUUGCGAUUCUUCACUCUCGUCGGUCUUUUCUCCAUUUACUACUAGUCUAGCGCAGGCGAUCAGGGUGUCCAUGGCCGCUCAGAACGCCAAAGAUGUUGAGAUGAUAGAAGGUCGCCCUCGCAAAAGGAUUCGCAACAGCACAAAACGCAAACGUGCGACGAGUCCCACUCACCUGCCUAGAGUGCCUCUAUUGUUUGCGCCGUUCCGCGCUCUAGGUCUAAUCACAAACCACAUACCAUUCUAUAUGCAAACCCGUUCUUACAAGGAUGCAACUGAAGGGCCCCGGAUACACAUUUUGACCUGUCUCGGCAGAUCAUGGGCGUUAUGGGAGGGGGGUAAGAUGGGCCUGUUAUUUGUUGGUCCGGAAGUUCAAGACCCCAUUUCAUGCCUAGUUAUGGACGGAGAUGCUGUUUGGGCAGCGUCUGGUAUACAUGUAAUCAAAUAUCUCCGAGGAAAAGAGGUUUCACGCGUGUCGAAUCCGCUCCGGACUCCUUUAGCAUUUAUCAUUCUAUUUGGCUCUCAGUUACUUGCAUUGACGGAAGGUGGUGGGCGGAUGCUAAUAUGGGAGGUAUCGACCAAUGAACGAGUCCUAUCUGCAACUAUUCAGUUUGAUAUUGGGUUUACUGCUACAUCAAUUCUCCAUCCUGCCACAUAUCUGAACAAAGUUCUAGUUGCUAGCAAUGAGGGCGAUAUGCAACUUUGGAACAUCCGUACACAGACUUGUAUACACAAAUUUUACAAUUCUCAACUGCGCACAUUGCCAUCUCAGCAGCAAAUGAACUCAUUGUCGAGUCCCAUCACAGCGUUAACGCAGUCCCCUGCUAUUGACGUGGUUGGUGUUGGUUUUAUGUCAGGAGAAAUAUCCGUGUACGACGUUCGUGCUGAUGAACGGCUCAUGAGAAUGUACAUGGACAACGGGGGAAUCAAAGCUUUAUCUUUCCGGAGUGAUGGUCACCCGAUUCUGGCGUCCGCCUCGUCAUCUGGACACAUAGCUCUCUGGGAUCUGGAUUCUGGAGGUCGGCUCCUGCACCUUAUCCGGGGUGCACAUGAUGGUGCUAUUAGUGCACUUGAAUGGGUCCCUGGACAGCCUGUCCUCAUCAGCUCAGGUGAGGAUAACAGCGUCAAGCAAUGGUUGUACGAAUCCCCCACCGCUGUUCCUCGACUCCUGAAAUUCAGAUCUGGUCAUCAUGCAUCCCCACAUCUCAUUCGGUUUUAUGGUGAAGAUGGUAAACAAUUGCUAUCUGCGUCAGCAGACCGUACCUUACGGUAUGUUUCUGUUGUUCGAGACUCAAGGUCAUACGAGAUGUCGCAAGCUGACGAGAUGUGUGUACGGUCUUGGACAGUGCUCAACAAGCGCGUUGGAAAGCACACAUUCAACUCCGCUGAAAGUUCCAAAAGGAAGUCUCCCUCAGGUGUUGUAAAGUGUGUCUGUGUUACUGCUUGCGGAAACUUCGGUCUUGCGGGAUCUUCAACUGGAGAGAUACACAUGUGGAACAUGCAGUCUGGGUUGAAGCGAAAGUCGUUCAAGGUUGGACCCUGCCCUCAGGCCGUAAUUGAUCGCCUUGAGCUUUCCGAGCGCGGUAUUACUGGUCUGGCUUCAGAUGCUCUGAACCGGGCAGUGAUGGUUUUGCCAACUCCAGCUAGCUCGAUAAUGUUACAGCGAGACUCUGGAUUACUUGCAGUUGUCUGCGAUGAUAUGGUCGUUCGAAUCAUUGACAUCGAGACUCGUAGAAUCGUCAGAGAACUAGCAUGUGGCGUCCACGGUCGAAUACUUGACAUAGCGUUUUCGUCAGAUUCGCGCUGGAUAGUGGUCACAUCGUUGGACUCUGUGAUACGGACAUUCGAUAUACCUACUGGUCAACUAAUAAAUGCGUUCCGCACACCUAGUGUCGCGACGAGCAUUGCGUUCUCGCCGACAAAUGACUUUUUGGCCACUACACACGUCGACAGCGUUGGCAUUUUCCUUUGGGCAAAUCGGUCUCAAUACUCGGAGGUUGCAUUCCGUGCAAUUUCAGAAGAAAAUAUUGCUGAAGUUGCGCUUCCUUCGAUGCAAGGGUCUGAAGAAGAUGAAGCAUUAGAAGCUUUGGAAGCACUGGGGGUGGAAGAUAAACCCACAGACGUCUUCUCGACACCAUCUCAAUUAGAUGGAGACCUUGUGACAUUAACGUUACUCCCUCGCGCACGUUGGCAGACACUGCUGAAUCUGGAGGUUAUACAGCAACGGAAUAAGCCAAAAGAGCCACCGAAGAAACCCGAACAUGCCCCGUUUUUCUUGCCUACGCUGCCGGGCGUCGAGCAUCGAUUUGUGAUCGAGGAGAAGAAGCAAGAGACACAGGAUACACACACUCGCAAACUCGACAAAAUCGCUGCGAACUCGCGAAGCACGUUACAAAAGUUGCUGGUCGAGUCAGAUAAAAAUAAUGGCUCGGAUGAUGCGUUGUUUAACUACAUCAAGAGCCUCUCGCCGGCAGCAAUUGAUUUGGAGUUGCACUCGUUAGUCUCGUUCAACAGCCUCCAACAAUUUCUUCGCGCUAUCAAGCGACGACUGCAGUCGCACCUUGACUUUGAAGCCGUGCAAGCACUACAAAAUGUCGUCCUGCGAAUCCAUGCAGACGUAAUUAUCGAAAAUGAGGAUUUGCGGACUGAGUUAAAGGAGCUCCUCAAAAUACAAAAGAAAGAGAGUGGGCGAGUGUUGGAUUUACUGGCUUCGUCACUCGGCACACUUGGUUUUGUUCGGGAUACACAAUAGACAGUGUCCCUAACUACAAGUACACAGAAUAAACAAGAGGCAGCGAAUUGUACCACUGACAGAAAAAAAAAGGUCCUUGCAAAGGUCCACAGUGGAUUUUAUAUUA